UUCUAGAAUCAAUGAAAGCAGGAAGUGUCUUAAAGCCACAGCGUUCAGUCUUAUCUGCAGCUUUCUGCCACUGACGGCUCAUUUCACUCAUUUCAUCUUGUGUGUCUCAGCCAUGUGGACACAGCACACAAACUUCUUCUUGUUGGCCACAGUCUCUUAUGUGUCAGCUGCUGCAGAUGGUCAGAUCAGAUUAGCUGGGUCUGGGUCGACUCGCUGCUCUGGAAGAGUUGAAAUCUAUCACAACGACUCCUGGGGAACAAUCUGUGAUGAUGACUGGGACUUAAAAGAUGCUGAGGUGGUCUGCAGACAGUUAGACUGUGGAACAGCACUGAGUGCCACUAAAAAUGCUCACUUUGGUGCAGGAACUGGGCCGAUCUGGCUUCAUCAUGUAGGCUGUGACGGAAGUGAAAGUUCUCUAAGUGAGUGUGAUCUCAACAGAUCUCAGCCCUCCUGUGGACACAGUGAGGAUGCUGGUGUCCUCUGUUCAGAGUCACUGCAGCGGCCCAGCAUCUCCCUGAGAUAUGAUGGAGGAUCGGUGCAGGGACCCAAAAGUGCAGAGAUCACAGGAGGCUCCAGUUUUGGCUUUACCUGCUCCAUUACAUCCAGCUAUACUCCAGGCCGUUUCAUGCUCAUCUUCUCUGGAUCCAACCAAAAGUACACAAAGCCUGCUGUCAGAAACUCAGCCAGGUUUAGUUUCCCUGCAGCUGAGUAUGAACACCGGGGCAGCUACAGCUGUGUGUAUGAGAUAAAUGUGUCAAUGAAGGAAUUCCAGUCAUCUGAGUCGCCACCAAUUCAUGUCAUCAUCACAUUUCCUCUGCAGCAGCCCAGCAUCUCCCUGACAUCUCCUAAUGGAGGACUGGUCUGGGGACCUGCAGUUACAGAAGUCACAGGGGGCUCCAGCAUAGACUUUAUCUGCACCAUUCAAACCAGAUAUACUCCAGGCCGUUUCAGACUCUUCUUCUCUGGAUCAAACCAAAAGCACACAGAGCCUGCUGUCAGAAACUCAGCCAGCUUUACUUUCCCUGCAGCUGAGUAUGAACACCAGGGCAGCUACAGCUGUGUGUAUGAGUUACUGCUGCCAUCAAGGACAUUCACUUCUGCUGAGUCAGCACCAAUUCGUCUCAUCAUCACAUUUCCUCUGCAGCAGCCCAGCAUCUCUCUGACGUCUCCUAAUAGAGGACUGGUCUGGGGUCCUGAAGGUGCAGAGAUCACCAAGGGCUCCAGCUUUGUCUUCAGCUGCUCCAUUAACUCCAGAUAUACUCCAGGCUGUUUCAGGCUCUUCUUCUCUGGUGUGAACCUCACAGAGCCUGCAGUCAACCACUCAGCCAGCUUUAGUUUCCCUGCAGCUGAGUAUGAACACUAGGGCAGCUACAGCUGUGUGUAUGAGUUACUGCUGCCAUCAAGGACAUUCACUUCUGCUGAGUCAGCACCAAUUCGUCUCAUCAUCACAUGUAAGUAGAGCGCAGGACUCAAAUCCAGCAAUGCGGUAGUUUAUCAGCAGUAACUGAAUGACACAUAGAUUGAACAUACAUGUUGUUUCAACAGCUCUACAUGUAAAUACAAGGAUGUAUGUAUAGAUACUUGUGACUCCAUGAUUGUAAUACAGGGUUACUCUGCUGUCCACUGUGAGGACUGCUCCUCUUCUAGGACCCUGUUUAGAUCUGAAAAUUGAUGGGAAAGACUUUUUAAACCAUUCAACAUGUAAACAUUUGAAGUUUUCAACAACCUGACACGAUACACUUUCAAAUGUUCUAAAGAGCUUGAAAAGAAAGUGAAUGGAGUUCUUUAAGACUUUUCACCUCUCAUCCAUGAGGCGUCUUCACUUCUAAAACCAAAAGGUGGAAAGUCUAAGUCCUUAGAGAAACAGGACAUCAUCAUCCGUUAUGUGGCAGGUUUAUCAGAGGAACUCAGGAGAGUCUCCUCCAAGCACAACAUCCCAGUUUAGACCCAGCCACACACUCAGACACAAACUGCUUCAUCACAAACACAAACUCAACAACGUAGCUGUGCAGUGAGGGGCGCUCAGACCUCUACACUGGAGACACCAAACACUUCAUAAACACACAACAUAGACGAGCCACCUCGACAGGACAAGACUCAGCUGUACGUCUGCAUCUAAAGGUCAAAGGUCACUCUUUGAGAAUACCAAUGUUCAUAUUUUGGACAGAGAAGAUGGUUUGAAAGAGGAAUGGAAGAAGACAUCUAUGUCCACUGUGAUCCUUGAACAGGGGGUGGGGCUUAUGACACCAGCUCUCUGCCAUCCAGUUGAGAUCCCUUUUCGGACGCCUUAACGCCCACUCAUGUCUUACAUCAGGUGACCUGAAUAUGUCACGUGAUAGGGUGAGGCAAGGUCUCACAGUGGCUUCACCUGAAACCUCUGCUGAUAAUGACCCACACCUUUUUUCUCACCUUGGCUCAUGUGAUGAGUCACAUGAUUGACCACCAUUACCUGGAUGAAUGACAACCUACACAGACAGAACUGCUCAUACAGCAUCACUUUUCAUGUUGCAGAUUUCCCAGAAACAUGUUGUAAUCGUUUUCUCUCGUAGUUCCUUGGUGGCUGCUGGUGGUGUCAGCAGCUCCUGGGAUCCUGGUGCUCCUGCUGGUCCUGUUGGUGGUCGCUCUGGUCCUCUGGAGAAGACGAUGAGCCAGGCGGUUUGAUCCCCACGUCCUGAUACAAAGUCUGUGCUCAUGAGAACAAACAGUUCACAGUGGAAAUAAGUAUCUGACACUCUGUUGAAUUCACCAUUUUAACCUUUUAGAAAUAAAUGAUCAGUUUAUAAUUUCAUAAUUGAUCAUUUUAUAGCAGCUUUAUUUUAACAGUGGAAGGCAUUCUGUACCAGUUACAAAUAAAUGUGCAUUUUAGUGGGAAAGAAGUAUUUGAUCCUAACUGUUGUUGACAAGCACAGCUGUGAGAUGUUUCCUGUAGCAGGUCACCAGGUUUGUGGACGUCUCAGCUGAUUUUAAACUUCUCCUCAGUGCAGAGGAUCCUUAAGCUUUCUAGAAACACUUCAGCUCUCUGGAGGUUUUAUGUCUGAUUUUCAAUCUGAAGGUGUAGACAGGCUGGGGGUUCAGCUGUAGUUAAUUUACUGAUUCAGUUCUGCUGCUUGUGUUUCAGUGGCUGUCACAAACAGAUAUGAGGAUGAUGAUGAUGAGGAGGAGGGGGAGGAGGAGGAGGAGGAGGAGGGGGACUACGCGGAUGUUGAGCCGGUGGAGCUCAAAGGGAAAUGUGCAGAGCGAGCAGGAGGCGUGACAGACCAGGAGUGUGAUGAUCACGAUUACGUCAACAUGGAGGAUGAAUUUGAAAGCACUGAUGAUGAAAGCGAUUAUGUAAAUGUGACAGAUGGAUAUGCUGAACAAAACGUGGACAUUUAUGGAGGAGAGCAGAUUUAUCAAAAUGUAAAUUUCAUUUAUUAAACCCCCUCAUCAUGAGCUGUGUUACCAGUGUACGAGCUUUCAGACGUAUGGGUUACCAAAGGUGUCUGUAACACAAUUAAAGGAUUUAUGUGCA